UAGUAAUGGAAAUCAGUGCUGUGGAGCUGUGAGGCAGAGCACAGUAUGGAGCGGGCUGCGGAGACAGCACUAUGGAUCUGCAUGGUUAUACCCGGCAUGGAAAACUGAGCCUGCAAUAAUAUAUUUUUACAUAGUAAAUGUUUUUCUAAGAAGAAAGAUCAUGGGCUCAACACAUUGGACGUUUAUGGAAAUCUUUCUCUUGACAUUAUUUCACUUCAGUUCUCAAGAGGUGCAGCCAACCCAAGGCCUAGUUAUACCACAAGCUAUCCCUACAACAGGAUUUGUGUCAUUGAAGGGGUAUUUGCCCACCCAGGCUACUACUAUUUGGCUCCAGAAUAAUGAGGUACUAUCCUCUGUUGGAAGUCAAGAUGAUGACCAGUCAUUAAAUGGUGCUACCCAUGAUGUGCCAAUUGCAAAAUCAGAGGAGCUGCAAAUAGACUUGGUGCUUCAAGGCAGCACAGUGACACAGGAUGGUUCUCUCUUGCAAACUGCAUCCAGACAUAAACCAGCAAAUGGACAUUCAAUAGAAAUUACUACAAAUGAACCUUCAAACGUGCCUGUUUCUCAUUCAUCUACAGGUGGGUCUGAAAUUCCUUUUCAGUUUUCAUCUUUUACCACUGACGCUGUCUACAUCACCCUGGAAACAUUUCAGGAGGCAACCCUAAUCUCAAAUACAGCUCCACCAUUCUCAGAGCUGAUUCAUAACGAUGACUCUACUAUGUCUACAACUGCAGCAGAAAGCUUCUCUCUAUCAGAUGUUAUUUCUUUUGCACCGUCACCAGAAGGAGGAUCAGCUACCCAGCAGCCUGAAUUAAAACCAAGCAAAUUAUCACCUGUUAUACUGUCCUCGCAUGUGGAUGACUUAGAAGAGAAGUUAGUCACUGAAGGAGAAGCAUUUGGUACAACAGAAAUAAAUCCUGGAGACAAUCUUGAAGCUUCAGUGGAUGUAGAUGGGCAGCUGACGGAACAAAUCAGUGAGGAAAGUUCCAUAUCACCAUCUAUAGUGACAGAAAAAGCUGUUACAUCUGAUGCUGAUCUUGAUUCAGAUGGAUACACCACAACAGAAGAUUCUACUUCCUUCAGGGACUGUGGUUAUCCUGACAAUGAUAACUGUAACUUCACAAAUACAUCUUCAAACCCUUCUCUACUUGAAGUGGAUCCUACUCUCCAGGGACAGACUUUUAAUCUUCUCUCCCCACCAAUCUUCAUCACUCUACAAGCGGACUGGAAUACAUCUGUGGCAGAUUGGGGGGUUGCUUGGGAAGCUCUUGUUUAUGGGUCUGUGGGAUUUUUUGGGACUGUGGCUCUACUUGCCCUUCUCUCCCUGUUCUGCCUAGUGUUUCGAUGUCCACCAGGCACCUUCUACUUUGCAAUCCUACACCUACUGUUAAUCACCGUUGGAAGUAGCCGGGCCUUUGUUUUGUUUUAUGAUGCAUAUGGCCACCAAGACAGACUCCCUGUUUUUACUGCAAUGGUCCUGCACGACUUGGCCUUUCCUUGCAUGACAGCAAGCUUUAGUAUUGCCUUCUUGUUGCUUUCCUCAAGGUGCCGCCUGCAGCAUUCAAGCUCCAGCUUUCCCCGACUCUGCAUCCUGAGUACUGCAGCUUUACUUCAUUUUGCUGUCUCUGCAGGAGCAGUGGUAAUUGUGGACAUCUUGCAUCAGUUCCUCUUCCUACUGCUUGUGUCGAGAGGAGUGUAUGUGGUUCUAACUGCUCUCCUGUCACUCUCGUUUUUCAUUUUUUAUUGUUUAGCAAAAACACAAAACACACAAAUUUAUGAUCUCAAGAGCUCUGCUCCUCCAACUGAGUAUACAAGAGGGUGCCCAUUUGCAGAUUCAAAAGACUGGAACAGAGCAGCUUGGUCUGCUUUGAUGUCUGCAUUUUUUGGACUUUUGAAUUCAGGUCUACAGUUAUAUUCAAUACUUUACGCAAUAGGUUAUGGUGGUUCUGUUACAUUUGGUCCCUGGCCAUGGUGGGCCUUCCAGUUGAGUUCUAUUCUUUGUGAAGUAGGCACAUGCCUACCAUUGGCUAUAGUAGGUGCUUAUCCCAUAUUUUGUACAAGCGAGAUAGAGAGAUCAAAUUGCUGGACAAAGCUAUUCCGACUUUCUCCUGGCCGUGUUACAAUGAAGACGUCCAUGCUGCCUACAAACUCACAGUGGGCCUCAUCCCAGCAUGAGAAGUUGCUGAUCUGUGACACUAUUGUAAGGAGUGACUCCGAGUUCUUUCCACUCUACACACUUGUAGAGAAGCGGCUGAGUGUUGGCGAUGAAUUGAGCUUGAUAUACAACAGCAGCAAAAGUCUUGAAGUACCCGGUCUGAGUUUAUACAAUGGAUCAAAAACACCCUCAUUCAUCAGUGUUCAGAUAGACAGUGACUCCACUGUGGAUUUUCGGCCACCAUCUCCAAUAAAUCUACGUCGCAGCAUUGAUGAGGCACUGUUCAGUGAGUCUCUGAUACCCCAGAGCCUUUUCCAUGGCACUGCCUUAUCAAGCAGUUUGUCUCUCACCAUAAAGAGCACUACGCAAUUAGAAGAUGGUGUAUUCAAAGAAAAUCCAUCUGACAGGGGACUCUAUCGGACUUCUUCCUGCAUGGAGAUAGAGUCAGGUCUGCCAAUAGUAGAACCAGCACCCAGCACAGCCAGGCAGGAUAUCACAGAAACCCCUUCCUCAGGAACAUUUAGAGGAGGUGAGAGCACCACAAGCUCUCUAUACAAGAUGUCUCUUGAUGGAUCAUCAUUGGUUCUGUGUUCUAGUCCCGAGCAUGCAGGCACCUCCAGUUACAGCGCUGAUAGGAAACCAGAGCUUAGUCGGCAGUCGCAAGGAAUUUACCAUACCCUGUCCCCCCCAUCGCAGGAGUCCUUGGACGUUACAUGCCAGCCAGAAAACACAUUGAGAGAGGAUUUCAAAGAUGUGUUUGGACCCAUUGAUGCCCUGAGUGUUGAAAGUGACACUAUUGACCUUUGAAGAUAAUUAAAUUGUUUUGGUAGGAAAGGAAAAAAAUGACUUGAUGGCUGUUGGGAGGACUUGUUAAUUGAGAUUGAAACCAAACAGUAAUUCUCAAGAAGCAUCAGAAGCGGUUAUUAUUUGCUAAGAUUCAUGGUGUUCUGUUGAUGCUUUUGAGCUGAUGCAAAGAUUUAAUAUACAUGUCAAGUAAUUCUUACUUUUAGCCCUGCUGUUGCUCAAAAUCCUUGAAAUGCUGUGUGCUGCUAUUUAAAUGCUAUCCCCCUAGCUCUCCCUACUUCCAACUCUGUAUCAACCAAGAUACCUGGUGGGAACAACCAGACUGUGGAAGGGGUGGGCUAAAAAUCCACUUGACUCCUGCAAAAAAAUAAAAACAUCCUAGCCAAGCUGCUUUUCCAAAUAAGCUACAUAGCCUUUCCCUAUAAGUGAUUGUAUUGCUGUUUGUGGCAUUUUAUUAUUCCUGUUACAACACCUAUUAGAACUCAUCCAGUAGCACCAUAUUAGUUAAUUCCUUAAAUGUAUCAUGUUGCUGCAUUUAGCUUCUAACAUCUGGUGUUGUUCUAUGUGCCCCAUUCCAUAGAAUCUAUUGAAUUGCUCCCUAUAAUCCUGUAGUAUAUAUUACUGCCAUUCCUUAUACGCUCUUAAAUUAUUUUCUGUACACGCUGUAAUUACACCCAUUGAGUACUAGUGAGGAGGCUAGCAGGUUCUCUUUUACAUGUUAACUGUUAAUAACUUGGGUAUUUGGGGGGAAAAGAAUGCAUUGAAAAUAUUACAUUAUGUUGGGUCUUAAAAGCAAUUGCUAGUUUAAGAACAUGUCCUAUACCCACAGGGAAUAUUUACUAUGUCAUGAUUUUAAGUUGUACAAGUAAGCUAUAGAAUAUAUUGAUAUACCCUUUUCAGCUCCUGAACUGCUAGUACCAUAUGGUGCUAUACAAGAUUAAUAUUUAUCCGCACAUAAAGCCGUUUGUGUUCUGUACACAAUAUAGUGCACUAAACCUCUGGCAACAACUUAAGAAAAGGGUCACAUACAUUUUAAAUAUUUUUUUUUAGUAACACAAAAGGUUGAAAGUGAAAGACAGGACAAUAGAGGUAGAACAUGUUGGCUACACAAACAAAAUAUUACAGUGUAAUGCUGAAAUCUGUAAUGUAAAUGUAUUUUUUUCAUAUUUGUGAAGUCAACAUUAUCCGCUCAGUUGAAACGAAGGCAGAAUAAGGGAGCAGAUGCAAGCCAUGGUCCCUCUGAAGUGACAAGAGAUGUAGGCCAGGUGUAAAGGAUUGGGAAAAGCUUCAUCCUUAUAGGAGUGACCACCUACAAUAUUGUUUGAAAUAAUGUGAAUAAGCUCCACGGGU